CACCUUGACAUGUCAUUCGUAUUUGAGCCGGCGCCGCGGCUAGUUGUGUAGUUAUCGAAUAAUCCACGACGUGUCUGUUUAUGAUAUUUGAAAUUAAUAAUUUAACAGAAACUAAUCGUUAUGGGCGGUAAAUGGUCAGCGAUGGACCCGAUGCAGGUCGAAGUACCUGAGAUAAAAGCUCUUCUAGACAGGGAUCCGUACUUGGCGCCGUACGAGAAAGAAAUUAGAAAAAGGUAUGCAAUAUUCAAAGAUUACGUGGAAAAAAUUGAGUCUGCUGAAAGCAAUUUGGACCAAUUUACGCGGAGUUAUAAGCAGUUUGGAAUUCACAUUAAUCCUGACAACAGCGUUACCGCCAAAGAAUGGGCACCUGGAGCUAAAGAAUUGUUUCUGACGGGUGAUUUUAAUGGCUGGGAUCGUACAAAAACUCCUUACAGAAAGCUCGAUUAUGGAAAAUGGGAGCUGAAUCUGGGAGCAAAUGCGGAUGGGUCUUGUCCGAUACAGCAUUUGUCGGAGGUUAAAGUCAUCGUGAGAAAUAAAACCGACGAAUUAUUAGAAAGACUGAGCCCAUGGGCAACAUACGUUGUCCAACCAGAAAACCGUGCCGAGGGCACAACGUUUAAACAAAGAAUUUGGCAUCCUACUCCUGAUAAGGUAUACAAACUAAAAUACCCAAAACCAAAGAGACCAGAGAGUCUGAGGAUCUACGAAUGCCACGUAGGAAUUGCUACCCAGGAAUUGAGGGUCGGAAAGUACCUCGAAUUUGCUAAAAAUGUCAUACCAAGAAUUGUUAAACAGGGUUAUAACUGCAUUCAGCUAAUGGCAAUCAUGGAGCAUGCCUACUACGCUAGUUUUGGAUAUCAGGUAACAUCAUUUUUCGCGACUUCAUCACGCUAUGGAACACCGGAGGAGCUCAAAGAGCUGAUCGACGAAGCUCACAAACAUGGACUGGUGGUUCUAUUGGAUAUCGUACAUUCUCACGCGUCCAAGAAUACUUUGGACGGCAUAAAUGAGUUCGACGGCACGGAUUCUUGCUUCUUUCAUUCGGGCUCCAGAGGUGAACAUCCUUUAUGGGGUAGCCGUCUAUUCAAUUACGCAGACUUCGAAGUAGUUAGAUUUUUGCUAUCAAAUUUGCGCUGGUACGCCGAAUUUGGAUUUGACGGAUUCAGGUUCGACGGCGUCACAUCGAUUCUCUAUCACUCCCGAGGCGCCGGAGAGGGCUUCAGCGGCCAUUACGACGAAUACUACGGUUUAAACGUCGACGUAGAAGGAGUAGUUUAUCUGAUGAUGGCCAAUCACAUGCUGCAUCAAUUAUACCCCGAAAUGAUAACCAUCGCCGAGGACGUAAGCGGAAUGCCCGCGGUUUGCAGACCCGUUUCCGAAGGCGGAGUAGGUUUCGACUAUCGUUUGGCAAUGGCGUUGCCCGACAAGUGGAUCAAACUGUUGAAAGAGACCAAAGACGAGGACUGGAAGGUCGGGGAAAUCUGUUGGACACUGAGCAAUCGUCGUUGGAUGGAAAAAACUGUGGCUUAUUCGGAAUCUCACGACCAAGCGCUCGUCGGUGACAAAACGAUAGCAUUCUGGCUAAUGGACAAAGAGAUGUAUACGCACAUGAGCGACCUGAGUCCACCCAGCGAUCUUGUCUCCCGAGGAAUAGCUUUGCACAAUCUCAUUACCCUUAUUACUCACGGACUUGGCGGCGAAGCGUACCUAAAUUUCAUGGGUAAUGAAUUCGGACACCCGGAGUGGUUGGAUUUCCCUCGGGCUGGCAACGGAGACAGUUAUCACUACGCCAGGCGUCAGUGGAAUCUCGUGGAUGACCAAAACUUGAAAUAUAAAUACAUGAAUAACUGGGAUCGUCAAGUUAACAUGCUUGAAGAAAAAUAUGGUUGGCUACACGCGAACCCUGGUUACGUGAGUUGGAAACACGAAGACGACAAAGUUGUGGUAUUCGACAGAGCAAAUUUAGUUUUCGUCUUCAAUUUCCAUCCUGUCAAGUCGUUCCCUGAUUACCCCAUCGGUGUCAACGCUCCAGGGGUUUACAAGAUAAUAUUAAACAGCGACGACACUGAGUUCGGUGGAUCGAAUCGUAUCGACAAAAGUGUUCACCACUCCAGCAAGGCGGAGCCAUUCGCUGACCGUCCGCACAGACUUUAUAUUUAUAUCCCUGCUCGUACAGCUAUAGUUUUGGUUAGAGAUUCCUGAAUAUAAUAACUAAGCAAGAGGGAUUCUCCACGUUCGAAUUAACUAUCUCUUAUGGAGAGACUACCACUGGAGGACCAAGGCGCAGCGAACGAUCGAAUGACCUUAUGAUUAAAAAUACUCAUAUAUAUGAUUUUUGUUGUAGAUAAUUGCGAUUAGAUAAGAGCUGCGAGUCAUGAAAGAUGUAUAUUUAUAUAAUUCGCUGUAUCUCUAUUACCAUAUCUCCCCUAGCCCCUGUUGGCGCCUGUUAAUGUGCGAUCAAAGUGAUAAACUGAGAUCGAUAAUACACAAAAGAAACUGUGAUACAAA